CAUUACUGCUUCCGCUACUUUCACUACGUGGAAAGAUUUGACAGAAAGUGGGUGAAAACAGGCAAAUACGGCCCGUCAAAGUCACAUUAUUUUUUAAAACGUAAAAGAAGCACUAAAUCAUCAUGCCUGCCAAACAGAGAAUGAGACUACAGAGUGAAAAACAUAGCAAAAACAUUUUAGCAAGAGGAAAUGUGCCGAAAUCAUUGAAACCAUCAGAAGAGAAGUAUCCAGUGGGACCAUGGCUGCUUGCAUUGUUUAUCUUUGUUGUUUGUGGCUCAGCAAUAUUCCAAAUCAUACAGAGUAUACGGAUGUUCUAACAGCAGCAAGUUGACAUGGAUUCUCUCCCUUUAUACGACCUUGGUUAUGUCUCAGGAUAAAUGUUGAUUAAACAAUGAUCUUUUGUGAAUACUACAGCAUACUUUUAGUACUAGAAACUCAAUUUGUGAAUAUGUUGAUGGUCACUUUGUGACAUAAAGUGCCAUGAAACAUAUCAAAUUCUUAUGGACUUGUAUCAAAUGGACUCUUUAAUUGUAGAUAUAGUGUUAUUUUGUAAAGAUGCAAUUCUUCCCAAAAUUCUAGAGUUGAGUCCGUUCAUGUAAAUUAACACAGAAUAUACAGGUAUAUAUGUGAACAUUAUGACAGCUUUAAUUUGUAAGUGUUUCUACUUUACAUGUACAUUUAAUUUACUUAAUGAUAGAAAUUGACUGUUCUAAAAGAACAUGAAUAGUGUAUAAUAAAAUUUGGUAAUGACAUUUUGAAUCUUAAUUUCAUUUGCACUAAUCACAUCAUCAUGUAAUUGUUUCAUUUCAUACUUAUUUUAAAGAUGAAAAUAAAAGGAGCACUAUUUACUUUUAAAGAUUCAUUUAUGGUGCUGUUUUAAUAAGUCUUGAUAGUGUCUUAAGAGUUUUAUAGGGAAGUGUAAAAUUUUCAACAUACAUUUAUUUAAGAAAAGGACAUCAUUAAAAAGGUGUCUUUUUAUCACUAACUUGUAACUGUUACCAUCUACCUUAAAGACAUCAUGAGCAUAAUUUCUAUAACCAAACUUGCUAUUUAAUGCAUAUUUUUAUCAGUGGCCUAAUUAAACACUUUGUCACAUUGCUAGGUUAGUUAGUAACUUACUUUGAAAUAUAUGUAUGCUAUCUCAUUGGACUAAAUUACAUAUUUUGAGAAAUGAUAUGUGUCAUAGGAUAUUUAAAUUAUUGUUCAUUUUAUUAUUGAAAGUACAAUCAACUGGUUGAUAAGAAUCAUAACUUAUGCUGUACUUGCUUCAACUAGUCACUAUCUGGAGUAAAACUUGGAAAUGUAAAUUUUUUCUGUUUGAUACUCUCAUAGAAUAUGUAUUGAUUGUAAUGAAAUUUGGUCUGGUUCAUUUAUUUUAACUGCCAAGUUUUAGUACAGUCUGGUAUUUGAGCAAAAAUAGAUUGAAAAUUGAUAGAUCUAAAUUAUAUGGUCAAUAAAUUCUAUUAUAGAGUUAUGAAAUAGUGGUCCAGAUUUGUAACUAAUGAUUCUAAAUGAAAUGCAAGGUUAUAAAGACGGGUGUGGAGACCAGUUAUAAGCAGAAGUUUGAAGCUGAUCAGUAGUGAGGUUUUGUUAUUUGUGACUGGUUUCCUGUCUCGUGUUUAUAAGCUUGGAACCAGAAGAUUAUUAUACACAUGAUUUUGGGAACAUGACCAUUUUUUUAUGUCAAUUAUGUUUUUGAUAAUUGAUAUUCAAUAUGCUUGAUGUUUGUUUAUUAAAACAUUGAUAAAAAAAUCACUAAUUUUUUGACAUGCACAUAAUAAUUAUUUAGAAAUCAGUGGAAAAUACAUGUAAUACCGGUAGUCAUUUUUGCUGUAAAGUUUACUUGCACCUUAAAGGGGACAUCCAGGACUUUCACAACUGUUAAAACUUGCAAUUAAAUAAAGAAAAAUCUCUGGAAGACUAAAACAUUCAGAAUGCUAAAAUAUCAUAGGGCUUUCGGGAUUCCAUUAAUGGUCAUUUCUGAUUGGUUUAUAGUGCAAUUAAAGAUGAUAUAAUAUAUAUAUAUACAUACAUUAUAGAAUACUUGAUAUUCUCUGUCAGCUUGUCAGAACUGUUGGUUAUCAAUAAUUGGUUUUUGUCUUCUUGUAUUUUAAGUAAGUCGUAAAAAAAGUUUUGACAUUAAAAUUGGGUGUUCAGAAUUUUACUAGUCAAUAUUAGAUAAUUGUCAAUUAGGAAUCUUUCUGACUGUCAUGUUACAUCAAGGCUAAAUCUGUUGUUGUUUGGGUAAAUUGUUUGGUAUUGUUGCCACAUGGGUAACAGUACACUGUACAUGUAAAUUUUGUAAGUUUUAUUGUGUCAGUAUGUGUCUUACAUACCAAUCAUCCUUUGUUUGGCAGGCAGUGGUAGUAUAAGAGAAUUUUCUAUGAAGCAUUCCAGUUUAAAAAGAAGUUCAAAACAGUAUUUUUGUUUAAAAUAUUACAUAUAUGACAAAUAUGUUAAUGUGUUAUCAACAUUAAACUGUGCUUAAGGUUUGAAGAAAAGAGAAAACUUUUGGUGUUUUGUCACUUACUAUGAAAAAAAUGUAAAAUUUGUAAAAGGAGGAGUUUGAAUAGAUACUGAAUUUCAGGUCAGUCUCAGCUAAUUACUUUGAAAAUAACUUUUUAGAGAAAACUUGAAAAACUUCACUUGAAGUAAUAAUUGAUGUCUUUUAUUAGUAUCAGUUUUUGACUGGUUCUUAUUGAAUUUCUGGACAUACGAACUGUGUUUUAAUCUGGUUUUAGAGAAAUUGAUUAGACUGCUUUUCAUAGCAGUAUUUCUAUAUUUGUACAUGUAUUAAAAUGUCAAAUAAAAUGUUAAAGACA